GCUUUUUCAAGAAAUGCUUCAUACUGCAGAGCACAAGAUGAUGAAUAUCGCCUAGAAGUUACGACUCCUUUGCAGAGAGUUGACUUGUUCAUGGGCCAAUUCAACAGUGUUCUGUUAACUUCGAUAUCUGUCUUCACCAAAGGGAACCUUACCAUCGCUAAUCUGGGAACUUCGGAGGGGCGCUUCAUGCAGAUAGUGCUUUCUCGUUCAGAACCCACAGCUCCACAUGUCAGCUUUCAGCUAGACUCCCACCCGGUCUCUCCCCAAGUUGUUGUUGAGAAUUCAUUAGCAGGUGAUGGCUACGCCCUGGUAGUGACUGGGAAAAAGAUAACGAAGAUCCCGCUGACGGGGCCGGGCUGCCAUCACUUCAGGACCUGCAGCCAGUGCCUGCUGGCCCCAUCCUUCAUGCAGUGUGGCUGGUGCGACCAGCAGUGCCUCCGGUCCCACCAGUGCCCCGGUGGCACCUGGACCCAGGAGACCUGCUUGCCAAGGGUGUAUGAGAUUCUCCCAAGCAGCGCUCCAUUAGAAGGUGGGACAAAACUAACACUGUGUGGAUGGGACUUUGGAUUCAGCAAAAAUAAUAGAUUUGAAUUAAAAAAUACAGUAAUCCAUAUCGGAGGACAGAUUUGUGCUCUGGAAGCAAAAUCUAGCAACAAAAACAAGCUGGAAUGCACAGUUCCUGCUGCAAAAACUCCAAGUUCUAAUAUAUCCAGUAGUAUUUCUGUUGGACAAGGCAAAACACUAUUCAAAACAUUUUCGUAUGUGAAUCCUGUAAUAACAAGUAUCUCUCCCACCUAUGGCCCCAAAUCUGGAGGAACAUUGCUAACUGUAGCUGGAAAAUACCUAAACAGUGGAAAAUCCAGAAGAAUUUUUGUUGGUGAGAAGCCAUGCACGUUGAAAAGCAUAUCGGCGAGCACAGUGGAGUGCUACACUCCAGCACAGCAAAUUCCCCAGGAAUAUCGUGUGAGGGUGGGAAUCGAUGAAGCUAUUCGAGACGCGAGCGGUCAUUUCACAUACAGAGAAGACCCCGUUGUUUUAAAAAUUCAUCCAGCCAAAUCUUUUCUUAGUGGUGGAAGUACAAUCACAGCUCAGGGAAUCAACUUGAACUCAGUGUGCUUUCCUCAGAUGGUGAUUACUGUACCUAAACUGGGAAUGAACUUCUCAGUGGCAUGCAGCCACCGCUCUAGCUCAGAGAUAAUCUGCUGUACAACUCCUUCACUGAAAGCCUUCAAUCUCCAACCACCCUUUGUAACCAAAGUGUUCUUUGUUUUUGAUGGUGUGAGCUCUUUGUACUUUGAUUUUGAUUAUGUAAAUAAUCCUGUAUUUAAGCAUUUUGAAAAGCCAGUGUUCAUCUCAAGAGGCAACCAAAACGUUCUGGAAAUUAAGGGAAAUUAUAUUGAUUCAGAAGCUGUUAAAGGAGAAGUGCUAAAAGUUGGAAAUAAAAGCUGCGAAAACCUCCUCCUGCAGUCAGAAUCAAUUCUGUGUACCGUUCCCAGCGAUCUCCUGAAAUCCAACAGCGAGCUAAAGAUAGAGUGGAAGCAAGAAGUUUUGUCAACGGUUAUUGGAAAAGUGCUGAUCCGGCAAGAUCAGAAUUUCACAGGACUAAUUGCCGGAGUUGUUUCAACAUCAGUAUUAAUUUUUAUAUUUUUGGUGUUUUUCCUCUGGAGAAGGAAGAAGAAACAAAUUAAAGAUCUGGGAAGCGACCUAGUGCGCUACGAUGGCAGAGUACACACUCCUCACCUGGACAGGCUGGUAAGCGCAAGGAGUGUAAGUCCAACAACAGAAAUGGUUUCAAGCGAAUCUGUAGACUACAGAUCAACUUUUCUGGAAGAUCAGUUUCCAAGCAUGUCUCAGAAUGGAUCAUGCAGACCUGCCCAGUAUCCUCACUCUGACCUCUCCCCAAUUCUGUCUAGCGGAGACUCAGAUUUAGCCAGCCCACUUCUCCAAACUAAUGUCCACAUUGACAUCAGUGCCUUAAAUCCCGAUCUGGUUAAAGAAGUGCAGCAUGUGGUUAUUGGUGCUGACAGCCUAAUCGUGCACUUCAGCGAAGUAAUAGGAAGAGGACAUUUUGGGUGUGUGUACCAUGGGACAUUGCUGGAUAAUGAUGGCAGGAAAAUUCAUUGUGCUGUGAAGUCACUGAAUAGGAUUACAGACCUGGAAGAAGUAGCUCAGUUUCUGAAAGAAGGAAUAAUCAUGAAAGAUUUCACUCAUCCCAAUGUUCUGUCGCUCCUGGGGAUCUGUUUGCCCAACGAAGGUUCCCCCUUAGUCGUUCUUCCAUACAUGAAACACGGAGAUCUUCGAAACUUCAUUAGGAAUGAGACUCAUAACCCAACAGUAAAAGAUUUAAUUGGAUUUGGCCUUCAGGUUGCAAAAGGGAUGAAAUACCUUGCAAGCAAAAAGUUUGUUCAUAGAGACUUGGCAGCAAGAAACUGUAUGUUGGAUGAAAAAUUCACUGUCAAGGUUGCUGAUUUUGGUCUUGCUAGAGAUGUCUAUGAUAAAGAAUACUACAGUGUGCACAAUAAAACAGGAGCUAAACUGCCAGUGAAAUGGAUGGCUUUAGAAAGUUUACAAACUCAGAAGUUCACAACAAAGUCAGACGUGUGGUCCUUUGGUGUGCUGUUAUGGGAACUUAUGACAAGAGGGGCACCACCUUAUCCUGAUGUGAAUUCUUUUGAUAUAACUGUUUACUUAUUACAAGGAAGAAGGCUGCUACAACCUGAAUACUGCCCUGACCCACUGUAUGAAGUCAUGCUGAAGUGCUGGCACCCAAAACCUGAGAUGCGUCCAGCCUUUUCUGAACUUGUUUCAAAAAUAUCAACAAUCUUCUCCACUUUUAUUGGGGAACACUACGUUCAUGUGAAUGCUACUUAUGUCAACGUGAAGUGCGUUGCUCCCUAUCCUUCUCUUUUAUCAUCACAGGACAACACAGACAUGGAUGUUGACACAUGACGGGUAUGUCUGAAAUCGAGGAAAAUCCAUUCUUA